UCUGCCUUACAGUACAACCCUGAUCUUUAUUGUGUGCGUAGUGACUUGGGCAACUUGCUUAAAGCCCUUGGGCGUUUGGAAGAGGCUAAGGUAUGUUACAGAGCAUUGGCAUUUGUAUAUAUGUGUUUGUAUUUUCUUUCUUUUCUUUCUUUCCAUUUUUGUACAUACAUUUUUGUUUUAUAGUGCCCCCUCCCCUCAAAAACAGAUAUUAUUCCUAUCUCCAAUUUGACAUUUUUGACCAAAUCAAGUUCUUUUGGUCUCAACCCCCACUGCCCUGUGAAGGACAAUACAUGGUAGCUUAUUCUCAUUUCUCAGAGUUGCAGUAAGCUUUUUACCCUUAACUUACUUUUGAAGGUAUUGGACAAGAAUGAAUUGACCUCCAUAUGGGGCAACCAAUUUACCUUCUUUUUUUUUAUAAAAUAUUUUUUUAUAAUCAUAGUACACACUUUCUGUGGAUUACUUUUUAAACAGCUUCAUCUAUUUUGUUUUUUAGUAUAGUUUUUGUAUCACAUUUUACCCCGACCUGUAUCUCUUUUAGUCCUUUGCUUUACCCCGGCCUUUUACCAAAGGUCAGCCCCUCUCCUUUCAGGAAGAAAGGCUGGAGUUUUUAAAUCGAAACAUUUGAUCUAUAUUGUCAAUUUUGAGCCUCGGCCCAUGCAUUUUCAUAUAGAUUUUGGAGGGAAAAUGCUGGCUCGGUCUUUGAAGAAUACAUGAACUGAUGAGAAGCUAGUUUAUAUUUGCAGUGCAAAAGGUAAGAUGGUUUCUAACCUAACCACUACACUCCAAUAUGGUUUAACAAGUGCCCAGUGACAAGCUUUUGGUCUCAGUUUGCUGUCAGCGCAGUUGCUGCCAGUUUGGGUUACACUUCCCUUUCGUCAUUUUAAGACUUCGGUCCAUAUAAGGGGGGGCUCCCUGGGUUGGUUCAAAUUUGGCUAUGUGGAGUUGUCUCAGUGGUUACAGGCCAUCUUAUUUCGUGCUAGAGGGGGGUAAAGGAGUGGGGAGGAGCAUCAGGGAGUCACAAGCUCCCCUGCUCUGUCGCUCCACCCCCCCGCGCGCUUGCUAAGGACUGGUGGAGUCUGCGCGCUGAGAGCUGCCUUCCUGACCCUUCAGCUGAGGCCUGUCAGGGCUCAAGCACACCAUAACAGGGCUUUUCAUGCAGACAUGCAUUAGGUCUUCUUUAGCUAUGGUUGAUAAAAGAGAUUGUACUCAGCUGGCUAUCUAAAAGAUAUCCACCGCUGUUGAAUAGUGGUUUAAACUGUGUGGGGUUAUGAAAGAGAGCUCAUUCUCAAGUGCCUUAAAAUGGUUUCAAGUGUCGUCAGGCAGGCAGCUCACAAUCUGUACUCCACCACCUGCGUCAGAUGCUGGGUUAGAAAGACAGGCACGCGCAGCAACAGCGAUGACUUCUUUAUUUCAGAGCUUUGGAGGCUUCUAGAUACCAAUACUUACACCACAGACUUUUCUCCCCACCCAUUGGCCAGGAUUCAAGAAAGCAAGCCAGGAUAACGAAAACAAAGAUUUAAAAAUAUUUCAUGAAAAUGCAAAAGAAUGAAAGAAAAUGAUGUAAUACUUUUUCCCUUUUCCUUCAAAAAUGUAAUACUAUUCCCAAAGAAAUGGGAUCAGUUCAUUUGGCCAAGAUCAAGCCAGUAACUGCCCUCCUGUAGUUUGAUAUGGAAACUGAAUUGAUAGACAGCUGGAAACCUGACUUCAACCUAUAUUUUACUGAUAAAACAUAUCAAAGCCUUUCUUCCCUCCCACUUACCCAAAAGCAUUUCUUUUGUUUUCUUUGAAAUGAAACAGUCAUUGCAUGAAUGAAAACUUAAGUAUAGUCUGUUUUAUGUUUGUUGCUUUUUGGAAGAACCUGUUUUAUUUCCAUAUUUAAAAGAGAAUGUAUUGUUUGAAGACUUUUACUAACGAUCUUGUUUUCUGAUUUUGUCUCUUUUGGUUUUUCCACAACUGAUAUUGUUAUUUAGAAGGUUUCAGGUGGGUGACACUAUUCCUGCGUAGGUGCCUGGCGGAAAGGAACACUAGGGCAGCCUCAGUCCUCUCCUCUUCUUCCAGCCAGCUGCGGCCACCACUCUGACAAAGUCCAAAAAUAUGGCUUGCUACCUGAAAGCCAUUGAGACUCAGCCCAACUUUGCAGUGGCUUGGAGCAACCUGGGCUGUGUGUUCAAUGCUCAAGGAGAGAUAUGGUUGGCCAUACACCAUUUUGAAAAGGCGGUGACUCUGGACCCAAAUUUCCUUGACGCAUACAUCAAUUUAGGAAAUGUGUUGAAAGAAGCCCGCAUCUUUGACAGAGCUGUGGCUGGAUACCUCAGAGCCCUGAGUCUAAGCCCCAACCAUGCGGUUGUCCAUGGAAACCUGGCCUGUGUCUACUACGAGCAAGGCCUCAUUGAUCUGGCUAUUGACACUUACCGCCGUGCUAUUGAAUUGCAGCCCCACUUCCCAGAUGCUUACUGCAAUUUGGCAAAUGCCCUGAAGGAGAAAGGCAAUGUAAGGUUGCACUUGGUGUCUGAGGCAGAAGAGUGCUACAACACAGCCUUGCGUUUGUGUCCAACCCAUGCAGACUCUCUUAACAACUUGGCCAAUAUCAAGCGUGAGCAGGGCAACAUUGAAGAGGCAGUUCAGCUCUAUAGGAAAGCACUCGAGGUGUUCCCAGAGUUUGCAGCAGCUCACUCUAACCUUGCCAGUGUCCUGCAGCAGCAGGGAAAACUGCAGGAGGCCCUCAUGCACUACAAGGAGGCCAUCAGAAUCAGCCCCACAUUUGCUGAUGCCUACUCUAACAUGGGAAAUACACUGAAGGAGAUGCAAGACGUACAGGGAGCGCUGCAAUGCUACACCCGUGCCAUCCAGAUCAACCCGGCCUUUGCUGAUGCUCACAGUAAUUUGGCCUCUAUCCACAAGGAUUCUGGAAACAUCCCAGAGGCCAUUGCAUCUUACCGCACAGCCUUGAAACUCAAGCCGGACUUCCCUGAUGCUUACUGCAACUUAGCACAUUGUCUGCAGAUUGUGUGUGACUGGACAGAUUAUGAUGAGCGGAUGAAGAAGCUUGUGAGCAUUGUGGCUGACCAGCUGGAUAAGAACCGCUUGCCCUCAGUACACCCACACCACAGCAUGCUGUAUCCACUCUCUCACGGCUUCCGCAAGGCCAUUGCUGAACGCCACGGAAACCUUUGUCUGGACAAGGUACACGCACUGAUCAAAAUCAAUGCACUCCACAAACCUGCUUUUGAGCACCCAAAGGACCUAAAGGCCAGCGGUGGUCGUCUGCGUGUUGGCUACGUCAGCUCUGACUUCGGCAACCACCCUACUUCACACCUGAUGCAGUCCAUUCCUGGAAUGCACAAUCCUGAGAAAUUUGAGGUGUUCUGCUAUGCGCUCAGCCCUGAUGAUAGUACCAAUUUCCGUGUGAAAGUGGUAGCAGAGGCUCAUCAUUUCACAGACCUCUCACAGAUUCCUUGCAAUGGCAAGGCAGCUGAUCGUAUUCACCAGGAUGGAGUCCACAUUCUGGUCAACAUGAACGGAUACACCAAGGGAGCCCGAAAUGAGCUGUUUGCCCUCCGUCCUGCCCCCAUUCAGACUAUGUGGCUGGGUUACCCUGGAACUAGUGGGGCUCCCUUCAUGGACUACAUCAUCUCUGACAAGGAAACGUCACCUUUGGAAGUAGGCGAGCAGUAUUCUGAGAAACUUGCCUACAUGCCGCAUACUUUCUUCAUCGGAGACCACGCCAACAUGUUCCCUCACCUCAAGAAAAAGGCUGUGAUUGACUUCAAAUCAAAUGGACAUAUCUUUGACAACCGCAUUGUUCUCAACGGUAUUGAUCUGAAGGCUUACUUGGACAGUCUGCCAGAUGUGAAAGUGAUAAAGAUGAAGUGUGACAACAACCAGGAAGCUGCUGGCGACACAAAUGGAGCUCUGUCCAUGCCCGUUAUCCCCAUGAACACAGCAGCUGAAGCAAUCAUCAACAUGAUCAACCAAGGCCAAAUCCAGGUCACAAUCAAUGGCUUCACUGUCAGCAAUGGCCUGGCAACCACACAGAUCAACAACAAAGCUGCCACUGGAGAGGAGGUGCCACGCACAAUUGUUGUGACAACCCGCUCCCAGUACGGUCUCCCAGAGGACUCCAUUGUCUACUGCAACUUUAACCAGCUCUACAAGAUUGACCCCCCUACUCUUCAGAUGUGGGCCAACAUCCUGAAGCGUGUGCCCAACAGUGUGCUGUGGCUUCUUCGAUUCCCUGCCGUUGGCGAGCCCAACAUCCAGCAGUACGCUCAGAACAUGGGUCUGCCUGGCUCUCGCAUCAUCUUCUCGCCUGUGGCCCCCAAGGAGGAGCACGUGAGAAGGGGCCAGCUGGCUGAUGUGUGUCUAGACACUCCUCUGUGCAAUGGUCACACCACAGGCAUGGAUGUUCUCUGGGCGGGAACACCCAUGGUCACCAUGCCAGGUGAGACCCUUGCCUCCCGCGUGGCUGCCUCACAACUCAACUGUCUGGGCUGCCCUGAGCUAAUAGCCCUGAGUCGUCAGGAUUAUGAGGACAUAGCAGUCAAACUUGGCUCUGACAUGGAAUACCUGAAGAUGGUCAGAGCACGUGUUUGGAAGCAGCGAAUCUGCAGCCCCCUCUUCAAUACCAAGCAGUACACAAUUGACCUGGAGAGGCUCUAUCUGAAGAUGUGGGAGCACUAUAGCAAUGGCAAAAAGCCUGAACCCCUGCUCAACAUCCAUUCAGUAGAGGCCAGUGAGAAUGCCUGAACUGGAACCACGCCGAAUUCUUGUCCCCUUAUACCCCAACCCUACCCAGCCCUCCCCACAUCACUUUUUUUUUUAAAACCAUUAUUGACACUUGCUUGGAAUGGUUAGUGUCCACUCCAGCCCUCUCCCUCAAUGAUUGUCUCCAUUGCUUUCAUCUACUAUAAAUGGGACUCUUAUUUGUAAAGGAGCCUACAGAUGUACACAUUUCCCCCCCCCAUCACAUCCGUUGUUUCAACCCACAUCUGCAUUUCCUGAGCCAGAUGCAGUCUGAGACUUUCAGGCAUCUCUUCUGAGACUCUUGUCCUAAAACACAGUAUAUUUGGUGAGCAUGAAAGGAUUGUGAAUGCCCUGCUAACCCUUCUGUACUUGGAUCAGUGGAUUUUUUUUUUUUUUUUUUUUUUUUCCUCCUGUCGGUGUGUGUACAGGAUUAUCUGCAGCUUGUGGAGAGAAUGCCCAGCCGUCAUUUCUUGUCGAUCUAUUUAUAAAUGGAUAAAGAGUGUUGUGUUUUAAAAGGACAAUGUUGCACCAUUGAAAUUGUAACUCUUAAGUUUCUUCAGCUUUAACAUGCAAUUGUAAAAACUUAGAUUGAAAUGGAGAUUGCUCUUUAGUUUGUCUUAAACUGUUUAAUUACAACAAUAAGUAGAUGUGCAAGUUUUGAGGAAUGUGGUCUGGAUGAAGACUACCUUCCCGAACCAAAUGCCAGAUUUUAUUAAUUUUGUCAGUCAAGGAAAAUGUUCAGUGGCUGUUGUCCUGUUUGAUGUCACACCAUGCUUGUAAAAAUGAUUGGACAAAGCUGGUCAAAGGAGCUUCAAUUCAUUGGAAAGGGCCUAAAUUUGAGUUUAGAUGUUAAAGCUGUUCACAAAUUGAUCUUGUUUUUUAAUCACACAAACCAGGAACGGCCUAGGUAAGUAUUUUCUAAGCGUUUUUUUGUUUGUUUUUGUAUUGUCUGGUAACUGUAUGCUGUCAAUGAUGCCACAAGGUUCUAAAUGUAAUUAAAAAGAAUAAAGAGAUGGCAGAACUCUGA